AUGUUUUUUGUAUAUAAUUUGGUGCAAACUAGACCUGUUAUGACCGAUUAUAUGGCAGUUGAAUGUUUAGAGAAAUUACAGCAUAUUAAGGAUUCAUAUGAUCAUGAAUUUUAUGUAGAAUUAUGGGUAUCUGCAUUAACGGGAUUAGCAGAAGAAUGCGGUAGAGUUGAUGGUGUGGGUCAUACAUUAUUAUGGAAAAGUUUUGUAUUAGUUAAACUACCUUCAUUAAUUGAAAAAUUAGAAAAUAAAAAACCAAAAAUCGUACCAUUGAUCGACGAAACUAAGUAUAAUUGUCACGAAUGUGUAUUAAAUCAAUUAUUUGGGUAUAAAGGAUUGAUUAAUGCAUGUAAUCUGCCCGUAGAAGGGGCUGAUAUAUCGGUAGAUAUAUUAAAAGCAUGUCUAAGUAGAAAAUUAGUAAGAAGAGAAUUUAUAGAAAGACAAUUAUUAAUUAUAUUAAAUCAUCACUUGUCAGAACUUGAAUAUGGUGAAAUAGACGGAGUAAAUGCAGUUGGAUUUACGGGAAGCAUAUUGGAAGAUCCAAGUAAAGAAAUUAUUGAUCAUUUAGUAUCAGCAGCUAUAACAGGCUUUUUACAUCAAGAAUCUCGAAUUGAAACAAUAUUAAAGUUAAUGAGUGAAUGGGGAGCAAAAUUAGAAAUAACACCAUUAGCUAUACUUUGUCGUUCAAUUAUGAAAUUUCCUACAUUACUUGACAUUAUUCAUUUAUAUCAACGUCCCUCAGAAUUUAUUUUACCUUUAGAGCAAUUAUGUAAUACGUGGAUAACAAGUGAGACAGAGUCCUUACAGUCCUUACUUCGGGAUUAUGAAAAUUUUGGAGUAGUCUUCCUAUUCUUGAUCAAUACAAUAGAUAGAUAUGAGUUUCAUAAAAAUCUUAAAGAUGUUCUUCGUGAUGAAGAAGGAUUUUGUUAUAAAUGGCUUAUUCAAUCAGGAAGUGCGUAUGACAUAAAUUCUCUUGAUCCAAAAAAGGCUAUGAUAGUACAACAUUGGACAAGAAGAUUAUCAACUGGUCAAGAAAUUUCCGAGGACCUAAUCAGAGUAACAAGUCCAAUAGAUUUAAUAGAAUUAUCACCAACAAUAUUUAAACAAGCAUUAUCAAAUAUAGGAGGAACAGAUGAGUUAGAAGUAGCAGCAGUAGCAAAUUUCGAAACAUUAUUAUCAGGUUUUACAUAUUUUCUUAAACCACAUAUGUCAUAUGCAUUAGUUGGUAUAUGUCAAUGGUUAUGUGAUGAUAUUCUAUUUAAAGGGAAAUCAUCUAUCUCAGCAAAUGUGUUAAAUAAAUUAGUGAUAGAAGACACAUUUCCAAAUUCAAUUAUAAAAUUAGUCGGAAAUAAAUUAUCAUCAAUACUUGAUAUUAUAUCAGAAAAUGAUAAUUUACCAAACGUAGAAGAUACCGAAACUAAAACUGUACGUUCAAAAAUAGAUUCUUCAAUGUCGAAUCCAGCAUGGAUUACUACAAAGUAUCCGGCCGAAAAAUUAUACUAUAGAUUUAAAAUAAUGUUCAAAUCUAUAGUGUAUGGAGGAAGACAAAAGAUUUCUUCAAUUUACGAAAUAUUUUUAGCUGAAAAUUAUGAUAUAAAUAACACAAUAUUCUCAGCCGAAUACGAUUAUCAUACUGGUGGAGAAGGAGGACUAGUUAACAAUAAUUUCAUUGAUGAAUUUAAAAUAAAUCCAUCUUGGCUAGGGUCACAUCAUUUAGAUAUUGAAUUAUUUAGAAAAUGUUUAGAAAUUAAUGGUUCUAGGAUUUUUGUUGAUCUUAUUGUCGAGGAAGUUUUAUCUGCCGGCAAAAAAGGAAUGGGAAUACGUGCAGGCAUGUACUCUGCUCCUGAAUUAGGAGCAUCAUUAUUUACGUUGCCAAUAUGUUAUACAUGGAAUGAAUAUUUACAUUCAACAACGCUUAUUAAAAUAUUUUUCAUGGAUUUUUUACCAAUAAUUUUAGAGAAAAAAAUUGAUAUGUAUACACAAAGUUACGCUUUAGGUAUAAUGACCUUAUUUAUUUUAAUGAUGACAAAAAAAGAAAAUCAAGAUAAUUUUGGGGUUGGUAAUAUUACUAAUAUGAUGAUUGAUAUUAGUAAUAGCAUCGGUGAUGGUACUAAUGAUAUUAUUAUGAUGGAUGAUAUUAUUGAUACUAGUAUAGAAGAAAAAAUGGUUGAUGAUAAAAUUGGAAAUAAUGAAGAUAAGGUUAGGGAAACGACUGUGAUCGAUGAUUUUGUUAAAUACGUUUUAUCGAUAUUUGAACAAAAACCUAAAGAGGAAAAGAUAUUUCAAAAUGGAAAUGGAAAUGGAAAGAUUUAUCAUGCAAAAGACAAUGAAAUUAAAUUGAUCAAUGGACCUGCAAAAGGAUUUAUUGAUGGUUUAUUAAUGCAUAAAGAUAUGAAAAUGAUGAUACCCAAGCUGGAUGAGUUAAUUAAAGAUAAUUUAAAUUUUGUUUAA